AAGAGAGAGGCCACCAUGUCCUCUUGGAGCCCAGAGCGAAACCAGAGCCCAAGGGGCCUGGACCCCCAUUUUUCUAGAACCCUGUUCCUUCUGCUACUAAUUGUGGCCCCCUUAGCCCAAGGGGUCACCCCAGACCCUGAAGCCUGCCAAGUGUUCCAGUCAGACAACGGCAGCUCCAUCAACUGCCACCCACCUGCCAAAGUCCCCCAAUACUUCCCAGCCGACACCAUUUACCUGUCUGUGGAGUUCUUCAACCUCACCCAGCUGCCACCUGACACCCUCCAGGGCAUCCCUAACCUCCAGGAACUGCACCUUUCCAGCAAUGGGCUGGAGAGCCUCUCAGCCAACUUUCUGUUGCCUGUGCCUCAGCUGAAGGUGCUCGAUCUAACCCACAACGCCCUGACCAGGCUGCCCCCAGGCCUCUUCUGGGGCUCAGCCGCCCUCCACACCCUGGUGCUGAAGGAAAACCAGCUGGAAGUCCUGGAAACCUUGUGGCUGCAUGGCCUGAAAGCCCUGAGGCAUCUGGACCUAUCCGGGAACCACCUCCGGACACUGCCCCCCGGGCUGCUGGCCAAUUUCACCGACCUACGCAUCCUUGACCUUGGCAAUAACCAGCUGGAGACUUUGCCCCCUGACCUUCUGAGGGGCCCAGUGAAGUUGGAACGGCUGCAUCUGGAGGGCAACAGAUUACGAGUACUCGAAGAGGGCCUGCUGGUACCCCAGCCAAACCUGCGCUACCUUUUCCUGAAUGACAACCAGCUGACCAUGGUGGCGGCCAGCGCCUUCCGAGGUCUGAAGCAGCUGGACAUGCUGGACCUCUCCAACAACUCACUGACCAGCGUGCCCAAGGGGCUCUGGACAUCCCUGGGGCAGCCUGGGGCAGCCCGGGAUAUGAAGGAUGGUUUUGACAUCUCCGGUAACCCCUGGAUCUGCGACCAGAACUUGGACGACCUCUAUCAGUGGCUUGUGGACAAUAAAGACAAGAUGUUCUUCCGAAAUAACACAUGCUGCACUGAGCCUACAGCUAUGAAGGGCCAGACACUCCUGGCCGCAGCCAUGUCCCAUGUGAAGCCUACGGCUGGGGUAGAGAUGGGUGGGAACAGCCUGGCAGAACACUGCACCCCACUAGGCAAUUAAUCCUCUUGUAAGGGUGAGGCAGGCUUUCCAUCAUUGCCAGACCCAUUUUGCCCAUGCUUCCCAAAACACCUCUUAGGCUUGCCAACAUCCUUGCCUUUGCUCAAGCUGUACCCUCUUCCAGGAGUGCCCGCCCCAUUUCCCAGAUCUCUGGGAGAUCUCUGGUGUCCCAAGUCCCUCAGCUCCCUUUCCCUCUCUCUGGCACAGUCCUGACCACACUGAAGCUGUCUCUAUCUGGCUCUGCCUCCCCCAGUUUGGGGGGCUCUUUAAGUACAGGGCCUGGGGCUGAGUUGCCUCUUACUCAUCACUCAGUUAAGUGUCGGACCUGAGGAGUUUAAUAAAUAAUUGUCAAGCAGAAUUGGACAAAUUGGCAUUCACUGUAUUCCUGCACCUCCCAAGUCAACUUCCUAAGUCUCCAGGAUGGACGUAGAAAAAAAGGGUUUGGGGUGCUGGACUUGAAAUCCAAAAUGGGUGGCAACUGGGAUCUAAUGGCCCGUUGCUGCUUCUCCUUCUCCCUCCUAGUCUGAGGCUUAACUGGGAAUAAAACCCUGACCAUUGCCCAGUGUAUCAUUUUACUGGUGGAUUUCUGCCAAAGCUUGUGCCCUGGGGAAGGCUUAAAUUAAACCAGAUUGCUUCAGGUCUCCAAACAAUUUGUCAUGCUGGCCAGUGAUAACCCAGGGGGCAGCCACCCAGGGCAAGUGUGGGCAGGCUGGAUAGGGCUGAACAGAUGGGGAAGAAGCCCAGGGGGCUGUGUUCUCACAACUCAGAACCUGGAGCCACCCGCUAACACAAUGCUGGGCAUAGUGAGGGCCAGGGUCAGAUCUGGGGGCCUGGGGAUGUUUGGGCCAUGAUCAGUUUUUUCAGCCCCCUGGAAGGAGUGUCAUGCCCACACUAGUGAUCAUUCCAGGUGUGAUGAUGAAAAAUCCAGGGUCUGGAGCCUGGCAGAGCUAGGUUUAAAUCAAAUCCCUCAAUCACUGUGGGAUCCAGGGGUUGAAGCAUUCUGAACCUCAGUUUGCUCAUCUGUAAAACAGGGAUCUGAGGGAAUGGGCUGGCCUGGCUCCUAGUUUAGUUAAGUGGCAGAUUUUUAAAAAUAGAAAGAGCCCUGGCCAGGUAACUCGGUUGG